AUGGCUACUCCUAGUGUCCUCGCCUUUGAAGCUGAGGGUGGGGCCAUUGACUUUGAGGUCUGGCUAGAUGACCUGCAGCUAUUCUUACAGUGCGAUAGGGCAGACAGUCUCUCUCUCUUUGACCUCACCUCUGGCACUGCCCCUGCCCCUGCUGCUGAUGCUGACGCCACUUACAAGAGUGCUCAGACCUUGUACGACGCUGUAGUUGCGCGCUACUCCUCCCCUGCCACUGCUGCACUGAGCCUCAGGGACCACUUCCUCUCAGUCUGUCCCACCACUCUCACUGUCGACCUCCUCGAGAAAUCCCUACUAGCGGCCGAGAAGGGCAUUGUCGCUGUAAGGGCCUCUCGUGGUGACCCGCGCACCCCCAUCUUUGAGGGGUGUUCCCCUUCCCCCCUUCUGCCCUCUGUUGCCUCUGCUGCUGCGGCCGACCUCCUUGGUCUUGAGUCGGUCGGUGCGACAUCUCCCCCUAGCGGGAGACGCCGCCCUGGCAAGGGCAAGGGGGGCAAGGGCACUGGAAGAGCGAGCGGGGGCGAUGGAGGUGGAGGUGGCGGCAGUGGGGGGAGUGGGGGUGGCGGUGGGGGUGGAGGUGGGGGUGGAGGGGUCAGUGGCGGCAGUGGUGGCGGAGGUGGCGGCGGUGGCGGCGGUGGAGGCGGCGGUGGAGGCGGUGGCGGCGGUGGAGGUGGUGGCGGAGGCGGCAGCGGUAGCGGAGGCGGCGGAGGCGGCGGAGGCGGCAGAGGCGGCGGUGGAGCUGGUCGCGGGUCUUCGCAGAGGAGUGGCUCCGGUGGUGCCACUCGCCAGCAGCAGCAGCGCGGUCGUGAGGGCCUGUCCCCUCAGCAGCUCCGUGAGUGGUACACGCAGCGUCAGCGUGGUGGGAGCUUUGGUCCCUGCACCUACGUCCUUCGCACCGGCGACCGCGCGGGAGUAGCUAUCCUUGAUCUUGACUUUGAUGCUAUCCUUGCUGCAAUGUAUGCUGUGACUAUUAGUGAUGACGGUGACUGUUACCGGUGUUUCCCGCCCGACCCGGGCAUUGGUACUGCUGCUCCAGGUGCCGGUGAGGCUGCUCCUCUAGGUGCCAGUGCGUCUGCGCCCUCAGGUACUAGUGAGUCUGCGCUCUCAGGUACUACGUCGGCUUCGGCCUCCCUCACCUUCACCCUUGACUCUGGGGCUUCUCGCUCCUUCUUUCGGGACCGCACCACACUCACGCCGCUUAGUCGGCCGGUUGCGGUGUCUCUAGCUGACCCCUCUGGGGGUCCUGUCCUGUCGCGCUUCUCUACAGUCCUCCCGUGUCCGGCGGCUCCCUCUGGCACCCUGUCUGGUCUCUACCUCCCCUCGUUCUCUACGAACCUGGUGAGUGGUGCUGACCUACAGGAUGCGGGUGUCCACCAGUUCACUCCUGCGCGCCAGCGGGUGACGCACUGCACCGACGGUCGCACAGGCCGACACCUGUCUACGUUUACCCGUCAGCCGAGGUCGAGCCUGUACACACUGACCACUGCGUCUCCUCCCGUUGCUGCGUCUGGUAGGGUAGCUGCGUCGGGUCAGGUGUUUGCUGCAGCGUCCAGGUCUGGUCCUGAGUCUGCCCCCUGUUCGUGUCGUCUCCUGUCUCACGAGACUCUCCUCUGGCACCACCGUCUUGGUCACCCCUCUCUGCUUCGGCUCAGAGGCAUGGCCUCCCGUCUUCUUGUGUCUGGUCUGCCCCGGUCCCUCCCUCCCCUUCCUCAGGGCCCUGGCCCUGCCUGUGUCCCUUGUGUCGAGGGGCGCCAGCGUGCUGCCCCUCACUCCUCCCAGUUUCCUCCGACAGAGGCCCCGUUGCAAACGCUUCAAAUGGACGUGUGGGGCCCAGCCCGCGUCCGUGGACAGGGUCACGAGCGCUACUUCCUGCUCGUUGUUGACGACUACUGGCGUUACACCACAGUCUUCCCCUUGCGCAGCAAGGGUGAUUUCACUGAGGUGCUGAUCGACUGGAUCCGCGCAGCUCGUCUCCAGCUCAGGCAGAGCUUUGGCUCGGACUUUCCUGUUCUGCGUCUGCACUCGGACAGAGGCGGAGAGUUUUCCUCUGGUCUUCUGCGAGCCUGCUGUCGUGCACGAGGCAUCCGUCAGACCUUCACGCUUUCGGACUCACCGCAGCAAAAUGGGAUUGCUGAGCGCCGCAUUGGCAUGGUCAUGGACGUCGCUCGUACGUCCAUGAUGCAUGCGGCUGCCCCCCAUUUUUUGUGGCCGUUUGCGGUCAGGUACGCGGCGCAUCAGAUCAACCUUCACCCCAGGGUCUCCAUGCCGGAGACCUCCCCAGCCCUGCUGUGGACGGGGAAGGUUGGCGAUGCGUCGGCGUUCCGGGUCUGGGGAUCUCGGGCGUUUGUCCGCGACUUGUCUGCGGACAAGCUGUCCCCUCGUGCUACUCCUUGCGUCUUCCUGGGGCUCCCCCCUGACGCGCCUGGGUGGCAGUUCUACCACCCCACCUCUCGCCGUGUUCUGUCCUCCCAGGACGUCACGUUCGACGAGUCGGUCCCCUACUACCGCCUCUUCCCCUACCGCACUCCGUCCCUCCCCCCGCCCCCGCUCUUCCUUGUACCAGGUCCCCCCCCGGUCGACCCCCUCCCCCCUCAGGGUCCUGCCCCUUCAGGUGUGUCCCAGGUAGACGCAGUCGAGCCUGUCGAGGUUACUGGUAACUCUGGUACUGCUGAGGGUGCUGAGCCUGGGGGUGCUGUGACUGGGGGUGCUGAGACUGGGGGUGCUGAGCCUGGGGGUGCUGCGACUGGGGGUGCUGAGCUUGGGGGUACUGCGACUGGGGGUGCUGAGCCUGGUGGUGCUGAGCCUGGUGGUGCUGAGCCUAGGGGUGCUACGACUGGGGGUGCUGAGCCUGAGGGUGCUGAGCCUGGGGGUGCUGCGACUACGGGUGCUGAGCCUGGAGGUGCUACGCCUGGAGGUCCUCCGGGGGCUUCGUCUCGCCGGGAGCCACUUUCUCCCCCGGAGCUGCGCGAGUGGUUUGCACGGCGCUGGAGGCGUGCUGCUGGAGCAGGAGUUUCUUCGACUGCUGUGGGUGCUGGUGCCGCGGGUCCCGGAGGUGCUUGUGCUGGGAGUACUGGAGCUGCUGGGCCUGCGGGUUCGACUGGAGCUGGUGCUGCUGCGGGCGUUGGUGCUGAGCCUCCUUCCCGCGGUCCUGCUGGGGGUACUACUGGUGCUGCUGGAGGUUCUGGAGCUGCUGGAGGUGCUGCUGGAGCGGGUGCUCCUUCUGGGGUACUGUCACAGCUACACUUACAGCCUGCCUCCCCUCUCCCUGCUCCCUCUCCCUACACUGGUCCUACUGGAGGUCUUGCUGAGCGUCGUGAGCCCGCGUCUCGUCCUGCGUCGCCUGUUCGUGCUGCUCGCCCUAGUGGUCGCGGCUCGCGUCAGCGUCCUCCUCCUGUCCCUGGCACGCACCAGAUGUCUCUGCGUCCGUCCACUGCUCCUCUGCGUGCCCCUUUACCUUCUCCUCCUGCGUCCUCUCUUCCUUCUCUUGCCGACCCGGAGUCGGACUCUCUUCGUGCUGUCCGUCCUACUGUCACGCGCCUCCUUGCUACUGUCGUCACUAACCCUUCUUUCGAGUCCACUGCUGCGUCUGCCCUCGUUGCUGAGCUCGUCGACUUUGCUGCUCGCUGUCGUCUAGACUACGCUGCUAGUCUUCUCGCUGAGUCUGAGUCUGUCUGUCCUCCGUCCGUCGGGGGUGAGUGUGCUCUUGGCACGGACGUCCUUGAGGACAGGCAGGAGGAGUUCCAGUGCUUGGCCGUUGUUUCACCCCACCUCGUGUCCGUACUGCUUACUCCUGAGGGAGACCUGGAUGCACUUGACAUCCCGACUCCGCGCUCUUACGCGGAGGCGAUAGAGGAUCCCUACUCUUCUCAGUGGCAGGCAGCUAUGGAUGCAGAGAUGGCGUCCUGGAAGUCCACAGGCACCUACGUUGAUGCUGUCCCCCCUCCUGGGGCGAACAUCGUCAGUGGCAUGUGGAUUUUCAGGGUGAAGCGGCCACCGGGUUCUCCGCCUGUCUUCAAGGCACGGUACAUGACCACUCUUCGGGUGCUACUGCACGUUGCCGCUCACCGUGACUACAAGCUGCACUCCCUCGACUUCAGCAGAGCUUUCUUGCAGGGCAGCCUGCACGAGGAGAUCUGGCUGCGUCGCCCACCUGGCUUCACUGGGUCGUUCCCUCUUGGUACCCAGUGGAGCCUCCGGCGUCCAGUUUACGGUCUCCGCCAGGCGCCCCGUGACUGGCACGACACACUGAGGACUACUCUUGCGGCUCUUGGGUUUGCUCCUUCUACAGCCGACCCGUCACUGUUCCUGCGCACCGACACCUCUCUGCCGCCCUUCUACAUCCUCGUGUACGUCGACGACUUGGUCUUUGCCACAGCUGACACUGCUGGACUCGCCCAAGUGAAGUCCGAGCUGCAGAAGAGACACACGUGCACAGACCUGGGGGAACUGCGCAGCUACCUUGGCUUGCAGAUCACUCGAGACAGAGCACAGCGCACCAUUACCCUGACUCAGUCACACAUGGUGCAGCAGGUCCUUCAGCGCUUCGGCUUCACGUACUCCUCGCCUCAGGCCACUCCUCUGCCUACUCGCCACUCACUCUCAGCUCUGCCUUCGGAUGAGUCCGUAGAGUCGAGUGGCCCGUAUCCAGAGCUUGUUGGCUGCCUCAUUUACCUGAUGACCUGCACACGACCUGACCUUGCAUACCCUCUUAGCAUUCUCACACGCUAUGUUGCUCCUGGGAGACACCGACCAGAGCACAUGGCUGCAGCGAAGAGGGUGUUGCGCUACUUGUGCAGUACGUCGGGCAUGGGGCUAGUGCUUGGAGGGCGCAGUCCAGUGGUCCUCACUGGGCACGCAGAUGCUUCAUGGGCUGACGACCAGGCUACUCAGCGGUCGUCACAGGGUUACACCUUCAACCUUGGUUCCGGCUCUGUCUCGUGGCGGGCUACUCGCUCGUCUUCUGUUCUCGGCUCCAGUUGUGAGGGUGAGAUCUACGCUGGGGCCAUGGCUGCACAGGAGCUUCGCUGGCUCACCUACCUGCUGACCGACCUUGGAGAGCCGCCUCGUUCUCCUCCAGUUCUGUACGUAGACAACAAGGCCAUGCUGGCCUUGUGUCGAGAGCAGCGACUGGAGCACAGAACGAAGCACAUUGCUCUCCGCUACUUCCUUGCUCGUGAGCUACAGCAGUGUGGUCAGUUGCGGCUUGCGUACGUGGCCUCUGAGGCCAACACUGCUGAUGUUUUCACCAAGGCACUUGCGCCUUGUGAUCAUCAGCGCUUCUGUACUCAGCUUGGACUUGUUCGUGUCUUGUCUCACUUGCUCACUUCUUGA